AUGCAGGCACCCAUCCCCAUCGCACAGGCCCCUGGCCGCCUCGACUCAUACAGCUUCCAGCGCCCUGGAGGCCUCACACCGCGCGCUUCGUCCAGCUUUGUUGGCAGCGCAAGCUACAGGGAGCCCAUGGCCGUCUCCUUUGGCAAGGACGUCUCCGAAAUUAUGGACUACUCGAUCUCCAAGUUCGGAACAUCGACCGAGUCGGACGUUACCGUCGCGCCUUCGUCGGUGCGUCUCGAGUCUACCUUCUGCCGCAAUUUCACCUGCUGCGGCCAGAAGCUCGACGACCUCCAUGACCUUCUGCAGCACUACGAGGAAUGCCACGUUCGCUUCGAGGACGACGAUAUGCCUGCCAUGAUCGCCGACGACGAGGUCGAGUCUUCCGACUCGUCAACCGCCUCGACUUCGCAGCCAUCCAGCCCGCGCACCUCCAACGCCGGCUCCACCUCGGCCGCCGCCACCGCCGCCACCGCCACAUCCUCUGCCGCUGCCACCGACUCCAAUGCCACCACCCCUACCGGUCUCGAUGACACGGACAAGGCCUCGGCGUUCGACACUGCGGUCAUGCGAUCGCCGUCGCUCCCCAAGGGCAAGAAGCGGUCAUUCGGCCAGUAUGCCAACGCAUCGUCGGCCAACCCCAACGGUGCUAUCCACCAGUCCUUGAGAAGGGCGCUCAUCGACGGCGGUGUCGGUCGCAGGACGCCUGGCUCCCCCAACAUUUAUGCCCCCAACUCUCCCUUCUCUACACCGGGCAGCUCCAUCCCAGGCACCCCUUGCCUCGACUCGGAGAACGACGGCUUCUUCACCAAUGGCCUCAACCCUGCAGCCUUCUCGGCGCUUUCGAUCCGAUCCAGCAACGCCGACGAGCACCACCUCCCCUCGUGCGCUCCGCCAAAUCUCUUCUUCCCGGCUUCGGGCACCGCAUCCUCGUCGUCGGCGUCGUCGUCGCAGCCACCUGCCAAGCGUGAGAAGACGAGCGCCGUGUCGAACGCUUCCACCAUCGCCCUCGAGAACGCGCUUCGCGCCGGCGCCGCCAACGUCGACAAGCCUUACAAGUGCCCGGCGCCCGGAUGCGACAAGGCUUACAAGCAGAUGAACGGCCUCAAGUACCACCGUCUGCACGGCCACUGCAACCAGAACAACCUGCCCAUCACUGCUCAGGCCGCGGCGCAACCGCCGACCAUCCACAUCACCACCAACUCGACCAAGACCUCGCCGCAGCCCGAGUCGGGCGACGGUGUCAAGGGCGAGGAUGGUGCCGCCGGCACGUCGACGGGCUCGCCCACGUCGCCAGGCGGCAGCUCCAACGCGUCUCCCGACCCGGCGAGCCCGGCAACGCAGGCGCCGAUUGCGCUGGGCGACCGCCUCUACAUUUGCCAGGUUGGUGCCUGUGGCAAGCGCUACAAGAAUCUCAACGGCUUGCGUUACCACUACCUGCACUCGGGCUCCCAUGGUCUGCUCGGCCUGCAGCUUCUGCAGUCGGGCGGUGGUGCAAGCGCCAAGGUGGACGCCACCGGCCGUGCUCCCGUCUCUACGAGCACGCUGAGCCAGGAGGAGAUCGCUGCGGCUGCCCAGGCCGCCCAGCUAGCGCAGGAGCAGAUCCAGGCGCAGGCCGCCAAGAACGCUGCCGCCACUGCUGCCGCCGCCGCCGCUGCUUCGGCGGCCGCGGCGGCACGCAAGGAGGAGAGCGAGGCACGUCAGACGCCAACAAUCUCGACGCCUCCAUCUCAGCUGACGCAGGCGCUGCAGCAGCAGCAGCAACAGCAGCAGUCGUCGUCGCCUACCGGCAUGUAA